AGGAGCUUAAUUUUGAAAAAUCUGGAAAACCGGAAGACGUAUUUGUCAUCGAGGGAGGGAGGAAAAAGUCACCAAGCCCGCAAGUUAAUGCGUUAACUAAUAUAGAGGAGGGAGGAUGAGCAGCUCAGAGGAGGUGUCCUGGAUAUCCUGGUUCUGUGGACUGAGGGGGAAUGAGUUCUUCUGUGAGGUUGAUGAAGACUACAUACAGGACAAAUUUAACCUGACAGGCUUAAAUGAGCAGGUGCCUCACUAUCGCCAGGCUCUGGACAUGAUUCUUGACCUGGAGCCAGAUGAGGAACUUGAAGAUAACCCGAACCAGAGCGACUUGAUAGAGCAGGCAGCAGAGAUGCUCUAUGGGCUUAUACAUGCACGUUACAUCCUCACAAAUAGAGGAAUCGCACAGAUGCUGGAAAAGUAUCAACAAGGGGAUUUUGGCUACUGCCCCAGAGUCUAUUGUGAGAAUCAGCCAAUGCUUCCUAUUGGUUUGUCAGACAUCCCAGGAGAAGCAAUGGUGAAGCUUUAUUGCCCAAAGUGCAUGGACGUGUACACCCCUAAAUCCUCCAGACACCACCACACAGAUGGAGCCUAUUUUGGAACAGGAUUCCCUCACAUGCUGUUCAUGGUGCACCCAGAGUAUCGUCCAAAGCGACCAGCCAACCAGUUUGUGCCAAGGCUAUAUGGUUUCAAGAUUCAUCCAAUGGCUUAUCAACUUCAACUUCAGGCUGCAUCAAGUUUCAAGAGCCCAGUCAAGACAAUUCGCUAGAACUCUACUUUGACAAAGACAUUGGACUCAAAGACUUUGUCGUUUACUACUUGUUUGAAGCAAUGGAUCAUAUGUUCCCAAUAAAUGCCCAUAGAGCUCUCCAAACUCAUCUGUGUUGAAACACUUUCAGAUUCAGCCAUUAUCUCUCAUUUAGUGAAACACUGUUACACUAUAGCAAGUUACUUUUUUCUGUGUUAAACAUGUAUUUUUCCAAAAGGAUCUAUUUCUUGAUUGGUUGUUUAAUUUAUGUCAAUUAAUCUUUUCACAUUUUAGGGCUGUUUCUCUAAAACAGAAAAGUGGCUUUAACUCAGUGAUAAUCAAGGCCACAGUUUGCUUUGUGGCUGCAGGUGAUUGAAUGUAACAGGAAAUCUUGCCACCAGCCCCCGACAGGUUUGCCCUAUCAGUUAUGUGGUCGGUCAGUACUUAGGAAAUUUAACAUGAAAUUGCUUCAAAUCAUUAACUUGUGUUGCAGAACAAAUGUUGGAAUGUGCAUUAACUUUUAUUCUGUUAAAAUUAAGAAUUUUUAUUGGAAAUGUGAUGAGGUGCUAUUUCCGAGAAACAGUGAAUACCAAAUUAGAGGCAGAGAGUAAGAGUUCAUCUUUAAAAUGGACCUAUGCAUGCUCAAUUUUUUUUACACUGUCUACUUUCCGCUAGAUUCUUCAGGCAACUGUAACAAUAUUUUCCUGAAAAUUCUGUAUUUGUAGUUUCAUCUUGUUUACAUUAUGGCAUUGGACUCUAGACAGAUGUGACAUUUUCUUCCCCCUCAACAGUUUGGUGUAGAUUUGACUCCCACUAUGAAACAAGUGAAUAUUAAAUAUUUAUU